AUUGCCUCAGCCUCAUAUAAUAAGACAGUCCAGGUCUGGUGUGCUGACACGGGCGACUGCGUCCAGACACAUAACGGCUAUGGCGACUUGGUUACCUCUAUGGCCUUCUCGCAUAACUCUGUCCUUAUCACCUUGGCCGCGCGUGAUAACAUAGUCCGGGUCUGGCGUGCUAAUACCUGCGAAUGCAUCCAGACACUUGAGAGCCAUGGCGGCUCGGUUACACACCAUUCA